AAUAAUCAGCUGUGUGAAUGACAUCACUUUGUAAAUCCGCCUUGCAACAUAAUUCAAUUUAAUAUUUCGGAUUGCAUUUAUUAUAUGUUAAUAAAAAAUAUAAAUAAUUUAAAAAAUGGCUGCCGUAACAGAUCAAGAAUGGUCGGAAUAUAAAGAUAAAUUUAACAAAAACUACGCUGAUGAAGAAGAUAAAAUGCGUCGUGAUAUAUUUGUAAAAACCAAGUCAAGAAUAGAAGAACAUAACAGAAAAUAUGAAAAAGGUGAAGUUACUUAUAGUAUGGCUAUUAACCAUUUAGCUGAUUGUACUUCCGACGAGAUGUCAAGGCGCUGCGGUAAACGAGUUGCUCCACCCCCUCCACAAUCAUAAAUGUCGUCUUUUUUGUUUUAAUUAUUUUCUGUAUAAAUAGAUUUCCUGAUUUUUGUUUUUUAAUGAUUGUAUGGAAUUAUUGUUUUAUAAACCUUUGAUAAAAUAAAAAAUUGAUUAUGAAUAAA